AUGGCUUCGCAUCCUUUUAUCAAAACUGGCCCCGUCCAGCAGUCCAAUACCCCGAUGCCCCUCAUACCCGACGAUUCGAGCCCUGUGUCGCACCAUAGCCUCGCAUCUCCACCGGAUCGUUUCGUUUCAAGGAGUACUCCCGCAUCCGCGGUGCAUAGUCGGGAAGCCUCUGCUGCGACUACUAGAGGGAGAGCGUUGGAUCCUUCCGCCGUGAAUACCUCGUCUUUACAACCUAAGAACAACCGUCGUGGUCAAUCCCAUUCCAAGAGCCCCGAGACUUCUGGACCCUCUCGCCCCAAUUUAGGAUACGAUGCUGGACUAGAACGACGCCCAUCCAACUCCUCCUACGGCCAUCACCGCCAGACGUCGAUUGUUCAUGGAAUCCAACACUCCCGUAACCCGAGCUUUGCCGCUUCGUCGACCUCGAAUAGUCCUCUGAGUCCCGAACUGAUCGCAUCGCUGGGUCGUGGUGGUGGUAUUAGCAGUGGCGCUGGCGCCCAUGAUCAGGAACUCCCGUCAUUCGGACGUCUGGAACAGCCCGAUAUGCAGUCAACCUACCAAAGCCCCGGAGCCAACGGUUCGAGCCAUGGAUUACAGGGAUCAUCGGAGGAUCAAAAUGUUCCGAGCAUCGUCAAUGGCAGUCCGGCAAGCCAUGUUCACAGAAGGAUGAACUCAAAUGGGAGAACAUGGCAGGACCGCUCGCAUAGUCGUUCGCAUUCGAGACAUUACAUUGAAUUGAGAACGGUGGGCGAAUAUGCCUUGCACCAUCUUUUCAACUCGGUGAGAUAUACUUCUCCGUUUGAGGAUUAA